AUGGCUGCAGAACGGGGGCCGCCCAAAAGACGCUGCGUGAGCACCGCCUGCAUUGCCUGCCGUAGGAGGAAGUCCAAGUGUGAUGGCAACCUCCCCAGCUGUGCAGCCUGUUCUUCCGUGUAUCAUACACCAUGUGUCUAUGAUCCUAACUCCGACAACCGCCGGAAAGGAGUCUACAAGAAAGAUGCUGAUACCUUGCGAACUAAGCAUACUACUCUCCAAACCUUGAUCCAAGCAUUAUUGAACUACGAAGAGGAAGAUGCCUUUGACUUGGUGCGCCAACUGCGUUCCUGUGAUGAUCUCGAAGAAGUCGCUCAGUCAGUCAUUGCUCGAGAGAAAGGGCUUUUGUCUGUUGUCGAGACACCAGACAAUCCUGAGCGCGAUGACCGCCUUGUCGAAGUCGAUCAGUUCGAGGCGGAGCUGGCAGGUAAAAUGAGUGAGCUGAUGUUAGAUGGCUCACGGAAAUUUAUUGGUGGCACCUCAAAUCUCAUUUUCCUGCCCCCUGGCUCAGAAUUGCACGAGUCUACGUCCAUGCCGGAGGAUUCUUCGGUGCUCGGCAGUGCCAGGGGUACACGCCCUGUCCGGCGAUGGACCGAAGUAACUGAUGACAACGUAUUGAUCAGCCAUCUCCUGACCAUGUAUUUUACGUGGCACUAUCCAUUCUUCACGAUACUCGCUAAAGACCUAUUUUACCGGGACUACAUCCAGGGCAUUUCGAGUCCAUAUUGCUCGGCCUUGCUAGUCAACGCCAUGCUAGCACUCGGCUGCCAUUUUAGUUCCUGGUCUGGAGCUUUCGAUGAUCCCCAAAACCUCUCAACGGCAGGGAACCACUUUUUCAAAGAGGCCAAACGACUGGUGCUGGAGAACGAUGAACAUGAGACCGCAAAGCUGUGUACAGUCCAAGCCUUUGCACUAAUGUCUGUCCGCGAGGCUGGAUGUGGACGCGAGGGCAAAGGCUGGGUUUAUAGUGGUCUUAGUUUUCGCAUGGCAUUUGACCUUGGAUUGAAUGUCGAUGCCUCCCAUAUGGGCUCACACAGCCUCACAGAUGAGGAAAUCGAUGCGCGGCGAAUUACGUUUUGGGGUUGCUAUUUAAUUGACAAGGCCUGGUCAAAUUAUCUUGGACGUCAACCUCAAUUAUCAUCGUCGAAUUCCAAUGUUCCCAAAUUCGACGUUCUACCUCGAGAGGAACAAGGACUCUGGUCCCCGUAUACCGAUUCCGGUGUAAGCCACGAAAAUUCACAACCAUCACGCACGCGGGCCGUGGCGCUACAAAUCUCCAAGCUCUGUGAAAUCACCAGCGACAUUCUUGUGUUCUUCUACCAUCCUGCUGAAUUAGAGAAGACACGGCAAAAACAGUCAGAAUUGAAAAGAUUGAGUGGCGUUCAUACCCGAAUAGAAGCCUGGAGAAAGGAGCUUCCUCGAGAAUUGGAGCCCAAAGAAGGCCAACUUCCCCAAGUUCUUGUUAUGCACAUGCUUCACCAGCUUCUUCUCAUUCACCUUUACCGUCCUUUUCUGAAAUACACCAAAUCUAACACGCCUCUUCCCGCCCAUGUUUCUCCUCGAAAGAUAUGCACCCAGGCCGCUUCCACCAUUUCAAAACUAAUGCGGAUGUACAAAAGAACGUACGGGCUGAAACAGAUCGUUAAUAUAGUCGUCUAUAUUGCACACACUGCCUGUACUAUCCACUUACUCAACCUUCCCGAAAAGAAUGCCCAGAGAGAUGUGGUGCACGGACUUCGGAAUCUCGAAGAGAUGGCUGAAGGUUGGCUGUGUGCUCGUCGGACAUUACGUAUUCUCGACAUUUCUGCGAGCAAGUGGCAAGUUGAGCUGCCUUCUGAAGCCAGCACCAUCUUUGAGCGCACGCAUGCCAAAUGGGGCUCCUGGGGAUCGUGGGAUCAGGCAACCUCUCCGUCAAUAUCGGAGGGAUCUCCAGCGGCGCACAACAACAUGCCAUCAUCAGUCGCCAGCCCUCACCGGUUCUCGCCGGCUACUAACCAGGCUCCCCUCGUGGCAUCAUCCACAGAACCGGUGGCUGCUAACGCCCCCGUCUCCACGAUGGGAACGUCGAUGGGGCCCCAAUAUCCAAGCGCACCCGGGUCCAUGCCCACAGCCAUGCCAGCCCUGCAUGCAGCACGCGGCAUGUCGGGGCUGCAGCCCCAGCGCGUGGAUCUUGUCACACCAGAGCCCACCUACCUCCGGCCGAUGUCACAUGUCGGUUAUCCGGUACCAAAUCUCGCGUCGCCCAGUUCUUCCGCUGCAUCGCCCAAUCCCAGCAGUUGGUAUGAUGCACCUGGUGCUCAAAUCGGGCCUCAGAACACGACUCCCGGGUCUAAUGCGUCUACGAUGUCUGGCUUCGAGGGUCCUGAGAAUCUUGUCGAAGAGAGCCAAGACUGGUGGUCGCGGAACUCGGCGUCCCUGGGACUUGGCAUGGAGAGCUGGGCGGGCCCAUGGGGCCCUGGGAUGCAAAAUUCGCCUACCCAUCUCCAGUAUGAUGGUAGCCAUGGCCAUAUGAUGCCAAUGGCCCCAAAUACCAGUCCGGCUUCUGGUGCGGAACAUCAAUCCCAGGUUACGGCGAGAAUGUCUGAUCUCGGCCCUGUGGCAUAUAAUGACAUGUCUGGUUAUGAUGAUCGAUGGAAAUGA